AGCUUGGAUUGUGUCAUCACUUUAAUCACGAACAUUGGAAGCCAAAUUGAAAUUACGUUUCACGACGUUCAAACAGAACCGUGUUGUGAUUAUGUGGAGAUAACGGAGGGUAACGCAACAUUGGGUAAGUUGAAAGGAACCCCCCUAACCCCAACAUCUUACACAUCAACCCUAAACCAGAUGAAUGUCAGAUUCUUCACCGACGCGUCCGUUCAGCGUCGUGGCUUCACUGCCACUUAUAAACAAGUGACAUGCGGUGCCAGCGUCACGGCAACGACUACCCCACAAACCUUCUGGUCACCCAACCACCCCAACGAUUACCCUAACAACGCACACUGUUUUUGGAACUUCCAUACGACUAGGGGAGGUCAGGUUCAAGUCACCUUUACUACAGUCCAUACUGAGGAUUGUUGUGAUUUUGUGGAGAUAUUUGAACGAGGGCAGCGUGUUGGAAAGUUAAACGGAAACAUCAUCGGGUCACGUACGUUUACAUCCGUCGGGCAUUCGUUGAGUGUUUAUUUCAAAAGUGAUUCAUCCGUUUCAAGAAGUGGAUUCAAUGCAACGUAUAUGAUCGCUAAAUGUGGAGGAAACAUGUCGGCAACAUUUAACCCCCAGUAUUUCACUUCACCCAAUUACCCAUCGUUAUACACAAACAAUGCGGAUUGUGUUUGGACAAUCAAACCAAGCAUUCCAGCUUUUCUAGUUGAACUGAUUGUGUUGGAGUUGAGAACGGAGUCGUGUUGUGACUAUGUGGAGGUAAGUUUGGAAGGUGUUUGA